GGCAGGAUGGGCUGCAUCCAGAGCAUCACCUGCAAGGCGCGGAUCAGGCGCGAGAACAUCGUGGUGUACGAUGUGUGCGCCACCAUCGACCAGUGCCCCACGCGCAUCGAGGAGACCUCGCCCAUCGUCCUGCGCUACAAGACCCCCUACUUCAAAGCCUCGGCCCGCGUGGUCAUGCCCCCCAUCCCCCGCCACGAGACCUGGGUGGUGGGCUGGAUCCAGGCGUGCAACCAGAUGGAGUUCUUCAACACCUACAGCGACCUGGGCAUGUCGAGCUGGGAGCUGCCUGACUUGAGGGAAGGGAGAGUAAAAGCCAUCAGUGACUCAGAUGGGGUGAGCUACCCUUGGUACGGGAACACCACAGAAACGGUGACCCUGGUCGGCCCCACCAACAAGAUGUCCAGGUUCUCCGUCAGCAUGAACGACAACUUCUACCCCAGUGUGACAUGGGCAGUGCCCGUGAGCGACAGCAACGUGCCACUGCUCACCAGGAUCAAGAGGGACCAAAGUUUCACCACCUGGCUGGUAGCCAUGAACACAACCACAAAGGAGAAGAUCAUUCUGCAGACCAUUAAGUGGAGGAUGAGGGUGGACAUUGAGGUGGACCCUCUUCAGCUCUUGGGGCAACGGGCCCGGCUGGUGGGCAGGACUCAGCAGGAGCAGCCCCGGAUCCUGAGCCGGAUGGAACCCAUCCCCCCCAAUGCACUAGUGAAACCCAACGCCAAUGAUGCCCAGGUCCUCAUGUGGCGGCCCAAGCGGGGGCCACCUCUGGUUGUGAUCCCUCCUAAGUAGAAGCCGACUGGCCUGAAAGUAUGUGGAGCACCCGUGGUGGAGACACGCAGUGGGGUUGCCAGGGAUGGCAGGAGCCAAACUGAAUUUCUGAGCCAAAGCAGACCUCCCGGUUUGCCCGCCUUUGCAGCCACCUGUGAAGAGCAGAGCUGCUCCUUGGGUGGUAGAACCAUAACCCUUAGGGAAAAUCUCUUCCUCUUAGGAAUAAAGAAAUCACUGCUUCAACAGACUUGCUGUGAACACCAUGCAAGGAGCCAUAUUUUAUUUGGAGCUGACCAGGAUGAUUCUUUUAUCCAAACUAUUGACCAUUUUCCUGUGAGAUGCAGGGAAUGGAAACGAAACUAAACAGUGCCUGUGGCAAAUGCUGCUUCCCAACCAGUUAGAAGUGGAAGUGACACAUCCACACCAGGCGUUUGUCACCUCGGAGGACAAGGCACACCCAGCCAGCAGAACCGCGUGGCAGACUGAGGAGGGAAUGAGCGUGGCUGGUGGCUCCCAACCUGAGGCUCUGGACAGCUGGUUUCCCAUAAACCACGGGCCAUCCUGCUUGUCUCCGCGCCACCCGCCCAUCCAGUGACCUGUCCCCUCCCACCCACCACGUGCCGGGCACUCCCCACCGGCAGGGCUGCGGGUUGGCUCCUGGGGAGAGCCACCUGAACUGAAGGAGGGUCUCCCGGUGACAGAGGAAGGAGUCACACUGCCCCAAGCCAGUCCUUCCCAACAAUUGGGCAGCAUCCAAACCCCAGAUGGCCGAGAAGAGAUCUCCCACUUCACACAAGAUCUCCCUGCUGAGUGUGAGUAAGUGUGUGUGUGAGAUGUGUGUGAACGUGUGUGUGCACGUGCAGAUGCCAUGUUCAAACCAUCACCAUCACAGAGGUGUGCAAGCGGAUUCUGUGUUAGAUGUAUACACAGAACAUUGUGAUCUAUUCACACUGACACACACAUACACACACACACACACACCCUAGGCAACUGUGAUGUGGGACAAGUUGUUCUGCUACCUGACCUCCCCAUCUGAUAACUCCAGGCCAGUAAGUACUAUUUCCCACCCACGGCCAGCCGUCCCGCCCGCCCGUGGUCCAUACUCCAAGCCUCCUUCCCCAGGGAGGGAAUGUUCUGCCCUGUGUCCAUCGCUCAGGGUCCUACCCUGACGGGUGACGGACAGUUCAGUCCACAUGUGGGAAGAGUUGAGUGUCCCCCCGCAGGUGACAUUUAUGUUUUAAUAGUGACCACAGACAAUGCCUUCCCCAGAGGAGUGGCUCUAAGGGUGGGGUUUCGGGCACUGUCGUGGGCCGAGAAGGGGACCCUUUUUUAUCAGGGGACUUUGAGAGCUCCCAAGGCAUGCCUGUCUCUGCGACCAGCCGGUGCAUGAGCCACCUGCCCACACACUUCCCCUCGGGGCGAGACACCGCCUGAUAUAGGCCCUAUCUUUCAAAAUGAAGAAAAAGCAAAGGAACCAGCUGAUAUGGAAACCUCACCGCCGGCCAGUGGGUCCACACCCUUUCCGUCCCUCCUGCUCCUUCUCUCGGCUGCCACGGCGUGUGAAUUUACUCCUGUGCCCCCUCUGUGGUCUCCUCCCCCCACAUGUACUACCUUCCUCUCUGUCUUCCAAUGGGAACUGGGCUGGUUUUCGGGUUGGGACAAAGAGCUGGGGCGAAGCAGGCACAGGUGUGUGGCCUGGCAGAGCGGAACGGGGCUGCUCCAGUGUGGAGAACGGCCGUGGAGGAGGAGGAGGAGGAGACGGGCUGGCCCUGCGAGUGCCUUAAAAUGACUUUCAUUCGGAAACUCUGAGUAGUCAGUCUUCGGAUGUACAUCAACUCAAACAGAUGUUGCAUUUCAGUUCUCUGGGAUUAUAAAAAGUUAAAUACAGUGUGUAUUCGACAACAAA